GUAAAAUACUGGACAGCAAAUCGCCUGGUGUAUUUGUUUCUAAAUCGUGCUGUAAGUAUCUUUGUUUUUAUGUACUAAGAACAUUUUAACUACCAACGAAAAUUGAUACACGUAUAACACGUAAUAAUAAUAAAAGAAUAUUAAUAAACAACGCGAGAUAUUGUGCAUUAUCAUCCUCAUGAAAGAGGAUGUUGUCAGCACUGGAGACAAAAUAAAAAAACAAAACAAAACAAAACAAAAAAAAAACAAACCAACAAACAAACAAACAUGGAAAGCACACUAGGGAACGGUUGGAUGAACAUCAGUAUUGACAAACAUAAAAUCAUAGAGUAAGUAAGAAGAAAUGAGGACCUAAAGGUAGACAUUGAGAGCUACUCACAUUAAUAUGCUAGGGGAGACAAGCAGGACGUACUAGUCAUUGAACAGCAAAGGAAAGAGAAAGUAUUAGUAGAGAUGUUAAGAGUAAUGCUCAUAGAAGAGAUGUGCUUUAAAUGCACUUUAAGAAGAUUCCGUGCUGAUAUUCCAAGACCCAUCUAGAAGGUGGAGUUAUACUGUUUCGCUUGCAGUAAUUAAACUGCCAGUGAUAGUAAAUGAUUGUUUGAGUUACAAGGGUGGCUUGCAUACGUUAGUCACUAGAACUUUGAAUUGUCUCCAAAAGAGUCCUGCGUGAAGCAAGAAAGUGGAUUAGGUGCCUUUUGGUUAAAAGAAUGUGGAUAAUGGUGAAAGUGCGUUGACUUUCAGUACCUGACAUUAAGUUUUAUGUAACAUCGCAUUUUAACCUCUACAUCUGUGACUACAAACAAACAUGACGAUGUUCGUGGUAACAUCUGCAUUUGCAGCUUUUCUUCUUGUGAUCCCAUGUGUCGAUGCACAGUCUCAUGUCCGGCUUGUAAAUGGAACUGACCAUUGGAAUGGCCGCCUUGAGAUGUUGUACGAUGGAACAUGGAGCACAGUCUGUGUCUUUGGGUUUAGGAAACAAGAGGCGCAGGUGACCUGCAGGAUGCUGGGCUUCAACACGUCGCAAGUUUUCGCCGUGUCAACAGAUAGGUACGGAUAUGGUUUGGACUAUAAAAUGUUACACCUGAAGUGUAAAGGUGACGAGACUAGCUUACAACAAUGUAGCCAUACACGGUUUUACACGGACUUCUGCCACAAUGUGGUUGGUAUCACCUGCAACACAGAACACGCACGACUGCGUUUGAGGGAUACUCAGAACAUGGGACCUGACAGAGGUCAGGCACAGAUAGACAUCGGGAAUGGUGAUUGGGAGACAGUGUGCGUGACGUCUGACGUCACUGCCGGGGUCGUCUGUAGACAGCUCGGCUUACCAUGGCAAGCGGCGAUUUUGAGAGAAAUACCUGUGGAGAGUUCCGAUGAAUUCAACCGACUGCUUCUGACAGUAACCAGCUUUAUAUUUUGCCUGGGGAAUGAGACAAACAUUUUUGAGUGUCAGCAUGGGUUGCCUCGUUACGGAGACUGCCGAGACUACAAAAUUAUUUGCAGGAACUUUUCUGUCAACAUUCAUACAAACAGUAAGCAAUAUCCUUUGAUGGAGGAAACAAAAGCUACUUUAAAGUGUGAGAGCAAUGAGCGGUCUGAUGUAAUAAAGUACACGUGGCCAGAAAAUGCAGGCGGGUUCCCUGAUGGCAGUAGCCUGAUCAUCACUAGAGUGACCAGGGAACAUCAUGGAAGCCGAGUGAGGUGUGAGGCGAUGUACAGUGAUGGUGAAGUUGUCUCCAGUGAUACACUGCAAUUACAGGUUUACUGUGAGUAUUGGGGUCGACCGGCAAUGAAUGCUGUGAAUAAAACCCCUCGACAGCAUUUAGUCUCCGUAAGCAAAUUAGUUUUAAAUUGAAGAUCCCACAGAAAAAAAGCGCUUUUUGUACGAGUUGUAUAGGUUAAUGUUCUCUCUCUUUUUUUAACCUACAUACAAGGUUAAGUGUGUUUGUUUGUGUAUAUAUAUUUGCACAUUUUUCAACAUAAACUUGUGUUUUUGGUUUCAGGGAGAUGUUAGUAAAUUAGUAAAAACCAAGACACUUGUCAGAUGUACAGAUGGUAUAUGCGAUGAAUCAAAUUCUAUCGGCUUGUUUACAGAUCGCCCGGUUAUCAGGAUAACACGAAGUGAUAAUCAGGGUCAGCCACUGUCCACCUACUC